CGAUCGGGGCCGAUGGUUCUCUCGCCUGUCCUUGCGUUGGAAGAGUCCCGAUCCCUGUCAAAAUCGUCGGUCACCAGCUAGGGUUUUGGACUUCUCGUCUCUCCUUCUCCCCCGCUUCUCCAAACCCUCCCUCAUCGCCGGUCGUCGGUCGUCGCGAGGUCAAGAAAGGUCGACCGACUGAGAUGGUGGCGAAACAAGAAAGCGAGCGAUUGAUGCCUGCAGCUGAACAGGAUAUUUCCGAUGAAUUGGAGUUGAAAGCAAAGAAGUAUCUGCGUGGAGAUGGUGCUAACCUGGAGGUUUUACGGGAUAAAAAGUUGAAAGGUCAACUUACUGUCAGAGAAAAAUUAUAUGGCCAGUCUGCAAAAGCUGCUGCCAAGGCUGAAAAGGAACAUGGUCCACCUCUUAAGCUUCAGUUUUUAAACAAGCACUUCCUCCUGGUAUCUGUAAAUAAAUUUGGUCAGUUGCACUACCAAGAUGUGAGCACAGGCGAGAUGAUUGCUAAUUACCGGACAGGUCUUGGCCGUACUGCCGUAAUGAAGGCAAACCCUUUUAAUGCCGUAAUUGGAUUGGGCCACUCUGGCGGCAAGGUCACUAUGUGGAAACCUACCAGCUCAAAACCGUUGGUAACAAUGCUUUGUCAUCGUGGCCCUGUGACUGCCAUUGCAUUCCAUGGCGGUGGCCAUCUCAUGGCCACCGCCGGGAUGGACUGCAAGAUUAAGCUUUGGGAUAUUAGGAAGUUUGAGGUGCUCCAUACAUACUCCAGGCAUGCCCAGACCUUGGACUUUAGCCAGAAAGGUCUGCUUGCCAUGGCAAAUGGAUCCAAGUUGCAGAUAUGGAGAGACUCCUAUGGGAACCAGGACUAUGGACCAUAUAUGAGCCAUGCUAUGGUGAAGGGUUAUCAGGUGGGGAAAAUUGCUUUCCGGCCUUAUGAGGAUGUUUUAGGAAUCGGUCACUCGAUGGGUAUAUCUUCCAUUCUCAUUCCAGGAUCUGGUGAGCCCAACUUCGAUACUUGGGUUGCAAACCCAUAUGAAACUACGAAGCAGAGGAGGGAGAAAGAGGUUCAUGCCCUUCUUGAUAAGCUUCAGCCUGAGACAAUUAUGCUGGAUCCAAGUAAGAUUGGUACUGUGAAGCCACCAAGGAGAAAGGAGAAGCCAACCAAAAAGGAGACUGAGUCUGAGAUGGAAGCUGCCAUUGAGGCUGCCAAGAGCAUUACUUUCAAGAAGAAGACAAAGGGGAGGAGCAAACCAAGCAAAAGGACAAGGAAGAAGCAGGACGAGGUCUUCAAGGCAAAGAGGCCAUUCUUGGAGCAGCAGAUGGAGGAGCGACAUGCGAAGAAGCAGAGAACAACUGAGGCUGAGCUUCCGAAAUCACUGCAGCGCUUUGCUCGACAAAGGGCAUGAUGAUUUAAGAUAAUGUAAUUGUUUUUGGCUAGCAUGAGAGUAGUCCAGAGCAGCUGCUAUGGAACUUAUGGGGGAGAUGGACUGGCUCAAGCAGGAGCAGCAGCCUAUAUUCCUUGAAAUUUUGAGAGUUUGUUCUAAAAGAACAAGAAAAGGAGAUUUGGCAAAUUUUUGUUAUUUUUCAUUAAUAUUUUGUCAAUUCUUCCUUGAAAUCAUGCGGAAGCCUCAAAGUAUCGUUUAUCUAUCUUGUUAUCAAUAAUGUUUCCUUUGGAAUGCUUUGCUUUUCAUUUUCUUAUAUGGUGAAAGAACAAUUAAGGUGCUAAC